CAUAGAAACAUACACUUUAUUCACGGCGAAUACUUCACACAUGCCUGUGUGCCUCCUUAGACAUAAUAGAUGGAAAAUACAGAACACUGUGAAAUUAAAACAUUGGUGGAAUUACACGCAAGAGGUGGCGGGUUGAUGGUUAUGUUAAAUUGGCGUACAGUAUUCCGUAUUUUGCAUUUGCUUUCAGAUGGGGAUUUGUGAUCCAUGGUGGUGUUGAUGGUUUUAGUCGGUUGCCAGUGUUUCUCAAAUGUGCAACAAAUAACAAGGCGUCAACAGUUUUGGAGGCAUUUUAUGAUGCAGUCGAACGUUAUGGUCUCCCCCUUCGUUUGCGUUCGGAUGCUGGUGGAGAGAAUGUUAAAGUAUGGCAGUACAUGAAUGAACACAGAGGUGAGAGAAGUGCAAUAAUAGGCAAGAGCACUCACAAUCAAAGGAUCGAAAGGCUUUGGCGAGACGUUUUUGAGGGAUGUUUGCACCAUUUUUACCAACUAUUCCAUUACCUAGAGGACGAUGGUAAAUUAGACCCUUUACAGGAGGUACAUUUGUUUGCCCUUCAGUAUGUGUAUACAUCCCGGAUCAACCAGUCGCUCGAAGAAUGGUCAUCGGCAUGGGCUGGUCAUCGUCUUCGUACCGCUGGGAAAACACCGUCCCAGUUGUGGUAUGAUGGCCAAGUGGAGAACCCAGUUGGUAUACCAGAGCAUGAAUUGGACUUGCAUCAUUCUGGAAGUGAUGAUGAAGAAUACGACAAUGAAAUAUCUCAGGUGACGUGUGUGCAAGAGCCACGAAAUCCCCUGGUAGAGGAUGCUCGCCAGCAGCUCAGUGAGGAAAUAGACCCAAUGCGAAGUAGUUCCGAACUUAGUGUUGACGUGUACUUAGAUGUUGUUCAGUUUAUUAUGAACUAUCUUUCGUAG